AUCUUCUCUCUUGCAACAAAAUCCUUUCACCACACUUCAAAUUAGAAAUGGCAAAUCUCAAGAUCUCACUACCACUUCUCAUUACCCUCAUAGCUCUCCACAAUGCCGCAACCACAGGCUCGCCCUCCACAAGCUUCAUCGAGUCAUCCUGCAAAGUGACCCGUUACCCAGCGCUGUGCGUUCAGUCCCUCUCAACCUACGCCAACACCAUCCGCCAGAGCGGUCGUCAGCUGGCCCGAACGGCCCUAUCCGUGAGCCUCAGCAAGGCCCUUCUCGCCGCAGCUUUCGUGGCCAAACUGGGGAAAGGCGGCGGAAUGAAGGGGCUGGAGUACCAAGCAGUGAAGGAUUGCAUAGAGAAUAUGGGGGAUAGCGUGGACAGACUCAGCCAAUCGGUGAAGGAGCUUGGGGACUUGAGGCGAACAGCUGGUAGAGACUUUUUAUGGCAUAUGAAUAAUGUUCAGACUUGGGUCAGUGCUGCCCUCACUGAUGAAACCACUUGCCUUGAUGGGUUCGCUGGGCGCCGCUUAGAUGGUCAAACCAAGGCGGGGAUUCGCCGGAGAAUUACACUUGUUGCUCAAAUUACUAGUAAUGCACUGGCUCUUGUUAAUCGCUUUGCUGACGAAAACCACUGAUUUGUACUUGGGAGUACUCUAUUGGGGGUUUAAUUUACUUGUUUUUUCUUCUUUCUUUUGUAUACUUUUGUGGGUUUUCAUUUUUGUAAAUUUUUGUGCUUGUGUAUGCUCAUAGUUUUGGGUGAG